UUAUCUCUACUGGGAAGAAGGUUCACAGUUAAAAAAAAAUUCAUACGCUCAACAAGUGGAAAUAAAAAGGAUUAACCGUAAACGGAAGUUGGAAGGACACAAACACUGUGUCUGUGUUGUUAGUCCUUAUUCAUUUUACUGCACGUAUUGUACCUGAGAAUAUUUGAAAUGGCGCGGUUGGUAGCCGUGUGCAGAACAGAUGACUACCAAUUUGAUAGGAGACAGCUCCCAUUGGCUGUUGAUGACAACUUAAAAAUGGUUGUACAAUUCAGUGAUAAUUGUGUAGACUGUGAAAAUGUGAGAGGAAUCAAAAGGAAAGACAUGGAACAUUUUGUACAGAGGUUCAGCGUGUUAUCAAAGGAUGAGAUUGCAGUGGAGAUGAUGGUCACUAGUCAAGAUAUCCUGAACAUGUUAGCGCAUAUGGUGCCCUGUGUAGGGUGUAGGAGAAGUGUGGAAAGAUUAUUUAGCCAGCUAGUCGAAGGCCAGCAUUCUGCUUUAGAACCUCUCAUCAUCACAAGGAAAGGAGUGCUUUCUGUCAAUAGGGAGUUCCUAUUUGACCCCAAAGCAUUAUAUGCAUUGUUUUACAUCCAUGGUGCAAAAUUUAAUUCCAUGAUGGAUUCCAUUCCCAAGAGCAAGAAAAAUAAGCGUUGUAAUCUUCACUCUCUGGAAACUCAUAAAAAUCGAACUACAGGAAAGUUUUUUAAAGUGUUUAACCACUUCUACAGGAGCUGGAUAGAUAUUUGGGAUUUGUUAGCUCAGGAAUGCCGUGAAGAAGUUGUGUUAGUGGAUGCAGAUAGCUUACUGGAGACGUUAGAAAACUACCUAAGGAAACACAGGUUUUGUUCGGAAUGUAAAGCCAAAGUCCUUCGUGCCUACAGCAUAUUGGUAGGAGAUCUCGAUUGUAAUACAGAGAAGGGAUACUGUGCCGUGCUGUAUGAGGGACUUCGCUGCUGUCCGCAGGAGCGGCACAUCCACAUGCAGUGCGAAACAGACUUCAUUGCUCAUCUCAUCGGCAGGGCCGAACCGGAACUAGCCGGAGGGAGCAGAAGAGACAGGCAUGCCAAGACUUUAGAUAUUGCUCAGGAAGAGGUCCUUACCUGUUUAGGGAUCCAUAUCUACGAGAGACUUCAUCGCAUCUGGCAGAAACUGAAGGCAGAGGAGCAGACGUGGCAGAUUCUUUUUUAUCUCGGUGUUGAUGCACUGAAGAAAAGUUUUGAGAUGGCCAUGGAAAGGAAACAAGGAAUCUCCAACUUGGAGCUUAUUUGUGAGGAACUUUUGGAGGAGGAGAGAGCCAAGGAACAGAAGAGGGAGCAGAAACGACAGAAGCGAAAAAAGAAGAAGGCAAAGUCCGCCCAGAUCGUUGAUCCCACUGAACGGCAGUGUGAAGAAACCUCAGUCCAAUGCGAGUGUGAUAAAACCCAGUCUAACAGUAACGACAAGAAGACUCAUAAGUCCUGCUCAGACAAGUGUCGAGAGUUAGGUGAUCAAAAUUCCAAUACCACGCUGGCUUCCAUGGAGAGUUGUCGGAUCUCCGGGACUCCGGAGCGCCAAAUGAAGAAUGGCAGUAUGAACAGCGACUGCGGAUAUUCCUCAGAUGUUGAAGGAUGCGAGUGUAGCAUGCCCAGUUCUAACGAGGGCUCCGAUAUUCUCUGUGAUGGCCGAUGCAGUAGUCAUGACGGUGGAGACAGUGUUUGCGAGUCAUUGAUUGACAGGUGUAAUUCUUGUUCCAAUUCUGUGUGUCAUGGUCCUCCCAGAAAACAUGACCACAGUUACUGCACUCACAAGCCCAAGAAUGAUUCCUCGGCUCCCAGUGAGAACUGUAAAUGUGCCAGUGGUAGUCCUUCCUUGAUCAAGAUGAGUCUCCAGGAUAUGUUAGAAGCUCCAGGAACCUCGGAUGACGAGGACUUUAUUUCGGAGGAAGAAAUUCAGAUGUUUAAAGCCAAUCAGUCCAACCUCUUACUGAAACGACAAGAACUACGAGAAACGCUGCGGAAACGAUUCGACACGUUGCAACAGCAGAGAUCGCCAGACACAGGAAGUCUGGAUCCUGUUGCACAGAAGAUGUGCAACCUCUAAUAACAACAGCAUUGCCAUGCUAAGUCUGUGAUGAGCUUCAAAGCUUUCCUGAUUUUCUUUUUCCCCCCUCAUCUUUAUUUUUUUUUUUUAAUGAACUUUGCCGAGAUCACAGGCAUCAAUGAAUGAAAACUGGAAAAUUUAAAACUCACUUGAUUAGUGUUGGUAUAUGUAUUACUCAGUUUCUGUUCUACAAAGAUCUAUUUUUCUGCUCAUUGUCAAAAGUUUAUUAUUUCCUCUUAAAAUCUAGCAGAGAAUUCCACAUGGUCAAUUUUACUAUAGCUAUACAGUUAAUAUGAUUUGCUUUUCUAAUGCCUGAUUCAGAACAUUUUUGGUCAUGCUUAAUUCAGGAAUGCUAGAAGGCAAACUUCAUCUUUUUUUUAAUAGUAGAAUUUCCUGUGGAAUUUCAUGGAAGUGAAAAAAAAAAUGUGGUUAAGGUUAAAAGAAAGGUCAUUGCUUUAUCAGUGGGUAUUUAGUUUUUGUGAGCCAAUGUGUUUUGGGUUCGAUACUUACAUGUAGAUAUUCAACAACAACAAAGAAACCAACACAUGAAAGGGUAUGAUUGCCUCAAGUUUGAUUUCAUGACCAAAAGUAACUCCACAGACUAUUUAUAAAGUGUUGGAAUGUUUGAAGUGCUAGGUAUGGAGUUUUACGGAGAAGCCCAUGUCUUGUUAAUGAAACACAACAAACUGGUGUGUAGAAUGUAUGUAGGUCCAUAAGGAAAAAGGUUUUUAUUCUGUGAUAAAAACAUGGUAUAUCGUAGUGUACUACAUAUAUUAUUAUAAAAUGUAGAUUUUAUUUAUUUUCACAUUGUAAUAUUAUUUAAAUUUCCAUUAGAAUUUCAUGAAGAAAUUUGGAAGUGGAAAAUAAUUUAAAAUUAAUUAAAAUGAUGGAUUUUGAUAUAUAAUGCUGUUGACCAAUUUAUUUUUUUUUUUGGUGGUAUAUGCAUGUAUAUUUUUUCAUUAUAAAUGAAAUAUUUUGAGAGAUGAGACAUACAAAAUGUGCAUGCCACAAAAAUGUUCCUCCAAUAAGCUGGACACUUGGUUUGUUGCAACACAAAUCUUACUGGACUUCAUUUAUUAUACUAAAUGUCACAGGAUUUUUUUUCUCUCUGUAUUUCUUCUUAUUUAUUAAUACUUGAACAAUCACACACACUAUUUUGUGUAAAUUUUUAAAGUGAUAUAUGUAAAGUGCUUGCUCCAUGGAAAAUAUUUUUUUUUCUCUCUCUCUUUUUUUCUUUCAAAUGUGUAGAUAAUUUUUAGUAAAAUAUCAAGACUUUGAAUAUAAAUUUUAAAGUAUGAGUAUUUUUGAUGUUUUUAUUGAAUUUAAUGUGUUGAUGUUUUAUUGAGGGAAAAAUCAUCUUUGUUAUUUGAUUCAUCACGGUGCUUUGCAUAUGCGUGUGAACAAUUGAUGCAUUGAUUUAUUAAGUCCACACUAUUGUUUUUGCAUAGAAUUUUUGCAGGGGGAAAGAAGAGCACAAAUUGGUUUGCAGUAUUGUAUAUUAAUGUUCAAUAAUUUAAACAUAUAUGUCCCUGUAAAACAGCAAUAAAUAACGUUUGAUAUAGUUUACUGAAAUGUAUAGAAAUGGACAUGGGUGAUUGUUGUUAGAGUUGGGAAGUUGAUGAAAAUUAACUGGCUGCAGAUGUGCAGGUUAAUUUCACUGAAGGAUCAGUUUGUUGAAAUAAAAUUGUAUUGUUUACAUUUAAAA